UAAAAUUGGUAAAUGUUGUCAAUGUUUCUUUUUCUUUUUGCAGUGUAUGUGUACAAUCCUAUAAUGUCUAUAUGUGUUAGUAAGUUAAAUGGCGAUUCGUGAAUAGAUACGUAUUUUCACAAAAUAUCAUUUUAAAUAAGAUUUUAAGACGUUUAUACAAAAUUGUGCGGUUUGUUCAUAAGUUGGAUUGUAAAAUAUGCGUUCCGUUGUGGAAAUUGGGGCUAGUGUCCCAGCUUUUUUGGGAAAAUUAUGGAAAUUGGUUAAUGAUUCAGAGACCAAUCAUUUGAUUUCAUGGAGUCCUGGUGGGAAAACAUUUGUGAUAAAAAAUCAAGCAGACUUUGCUCGAGAAUUAUUACCACUAUAUUACAAACACAACAAUAUGGCAAGCUUUAUUCGACAGUUAAAUAUGUAUGGAUUUCAUAAAAUAACAUCUGUAGAAAAUGGUGGUCUACGAUAUGAAAAGGAUGAAAUUGAAUUUUCUCAUCCAUGCUUUAUGAGAGGACAUGCUUAUCUUUUAGAGCAUAUUAAGAGAAAAAUUGCCAAUCCUAAAUCAAUAGUUGCUAGUAAUGAAAGUGGUGAAAAAAUUCUUCUAAAGCCAGAGUUAAUGAACAAAGUACUAGCAGAUGUGAAACAAAUGAAAGGUAAACAAGAGAGUCUCGAUGCAAAGUUCAGUGCAAUGAAACAGGAAAAUGAAGCAUUAUGGAGAGAGGUAGCAAUUCUGAGACAGAAACAUAUCAAACAACAGCAAAUUGUAAACAAUUUAAUACAAUUCCUGAUGUCCCUUGUGCAACCUACUAGGGCUCCUAAUUCCAGCAGUAACAAUGUUGGUGUAAAGAGGCCUUAUCAAUUAAUGAUAAAUAGUGCAGCUCACAAUUGUACAUCAGAUGGUUCAUACCCCAAUAGAUUAAAAACUAUGAAACUCGACAAAGAUGUUUUGGAUGAUCUGAAUGAAGACAAUAUGGAGGAUGGUCCAACUAUUCAUGAACUGGCUCAUGAUGAUAUUGCACAAAAUGAUGCUUCACAAGAUUCAUUAGAUCCUGCUGGAUUUGUGUCUGUGGACUUGGCUAAUCCAAUUAUUUCCAAUACUCACAAUAAUACUGACCCGACAACGUCAACACAGUACCAUGUUACAAUGGAAGAUGGAGAGGAUACUGAAUCCGAUCGUACAAGAUUAGCAUUUCCCAUAAUACAUACAAAUGGCUUCUUAAGGAUACCUGAUUCUACACCAAUAGUUACAUCACCUUCCCCUACAAUGGCAUCUACAUCUCCAAUAGGUCAGCCAGCUAUGGAGCAGGUGCUUAAUAAUGUGAUUGCAUCAUCUGCAAGUACAUCUAAAUCCAAGAUGAGGAAUACAAGUAACAAAAAUACAUCAACAAACAAUAAAAGCCUACUGUCACCCAGUAAUUUUAAUGCAAUGAAUCCAUCGGCCGAUUUUAAGCUUCCAGCUGAGAUAUUUGCAAGUGAUGAUUCCGUGAGUGACACUGGUGUUGCUGUAGCAGAAGAUAUAAGCACACUACAAGAUUCCAUCCUUGCUGAUCAAGGUGUCUCCACAUCUAAAGAUAAAAUGCUUGGAGGGAUCAAUAUAAAAUUGGAGAAACCAUCUGAAUAUGUCAAGACCGGAAAGAAAUCUAAAAAAUCAAAGGACAAUAUGAAUACAUGCAGUUUAAAUCUAGCAGAUAUCAAGACUGAACUUCAGGAUGAUUUUGAUUGGAAUCACAUGACAUUAGCUACUGUCAACAAUAACACAAAUAGGUUACAGACGAUGUAUAGAAGAGAUAACAGUCAAAAUAGAGAAGAAUAUUCUUCUCACUUUGGAUCACACUCAAACAAGAAUGACAUUGAUGAUCAUUUAGAUACGAUGCAAACAGACUUGGACUCCUUGCGAGAGCUGCUGCGAGGUGAUACCUACUCCUUGGACACCAACACAUUAUUAGGGAUUGAUGAAAGCGUAGGACCUACAGGUUCUCACCGUACAAAACCAAAUCUUUUCGGAUCUGAUGAUCCCUUCUAUGGGCUAUCUUACAAUACAUCGGACGACCGGACUAAAACUUGCAACAAUGCCAAGAAGCUGAAAGGUGAUAUUUCAAAUGUAAGCAGUGACGACACUCGCGCGAUGAGCCCGUUCACUGAGGACGAUGCUGAGGGGAGUCAGCUAAUAUCGUAUACAGGAAAUAUUCCAGACUUUGAGGAUAUUAAUAUGCCUGAUUUGGAAGGCGAGAAUUCUCAGGAGCCCUGUUUGUCUCCGAGCCCGAGCAAUACGACACUCAACACGCCUCAAGUGCAAGUUCGAUCUCCACUCUUCACUCUGAGACCAUGAGAGAAAUCUAAAGAAGAAAUAGCCAUUCAUUGUUUAAAUAUACUUAUCGUUAUUCUUUCAAGAAACUUACUAUCUAAAAGUAACUAUAAAACAAUUUCGUUUAAUAAUAGAAUAAGUCCUGCUUUUUACUAAGACUUAGUAUUGCCAUUUAUAUAAACUAUUUAGUUGUAAUCGAGGCAACACUCAGCUAUUAUUAACGUAACAUCAUAGGCAUUAUAAAUUACGAAGAUAAAGGAAGACAUGUUUGACUGAUUUCCUUUUUUUGAGAGAUAAGAGUAUAAAAUGAACAUCGUAUUUAAUUUGAGUCGAUUAAUGUGUGGACUACAUUGUUUGUAAUUUUUAAUAAUCUUGAAAAUGACGCACUAAUAAAAUAUGCUUUAUUAAAAUGAUAUACUUCAAUUUAGUAAGCAAUAGUUUGAAAUAAUAAAAAAACAAUGCUAAUAAUGUCAUAUUAGAACGCGAAGUUCAGCAUUUAAUACUUUCAGUUUAGACACACUAUCUGUGUAAAAAGUAUCAUACUACAAUUCAAUCAUAAUAUAGUGUGCGUUUAAACAAUUCAGUUCUUUCCAUUACAAAUAAAAUAAUAUAAAGCAUAUAAGUUUAAAUAUAUAGAUUUAACUUAUAAAUGUUCGCCCCGCUUGGUGCCUUAACAGAUGAGUAUUUGAUAUUUUUGUACGGUGUAACUGAAAGCUCAUGACAGUUUGUAACGAGCACACAUGUCAUAUUUUAAGUAUAUAACUGAAAUAUAUACAAUUACAGAACAAAUUAUAUUUUACAUAAGCUGAUAUUUGUAAGUUUGGUUACAAGUAACUAAGAUAAUUAUUACCAGUUACCUACCGUAUUAAUGUUGAACAUGAGAAUUAUUCUACUAUUUCACAUCACAAAAAUACCAUUGUAAAUUUAAAAUAGUAUUUUAAAUGUUUGUACAUCAUUAUUGUAUUUCAUAAGAACUACUGUUUGUUUUCAACAUUGUAUAAGUUAAGGGAGGCAUUGAUGGAACUAUCCUUAUCUUGAUAUUAUAUUGUUAUUACAUAUUGUACAUAGUAUAUAGUGUUUAAAUGUAUUAUAUCUUAUUUUAGUUGAUAGUACUAUAUUAAUAAAUUUGUUGGUAUUACCUAAUUUUAUGCCACAAAUCAUAAAAAAAUUGUCUCAUUUAUGUUUUGAGUUUUUUUUUUUAGUAAUAUAAUGUAAAAUAUUGAUUAUUGGUUUGGCUUUUGAAAUUAUUAAAGAUUGCAAUGCAGUUAUUUUAUUGAUUUUUUAAAAUUAUCUCAACUCAUUUGUAUCUGAAAUAUCUGUAGUUGUUGUAAAUAUAUGUUUUAUACUUUAUUGAAUGUAUUUGUUCUGAUACAUAUUGAAAAAAAUAAUAACAUGUAAAGCAACAUGAAAGUUUACCAUUUUUUUAUUCUGUUCUCAAUGAUUAUGAUUCUGUUGUUAUUUUGUUUUACAAAACUGGUAAAAAAUAACCGAAAAAUGACUGACAAUGAUGAUGUUUUUGGCUUUAUUAUGAGUACCUUAAUGUUGAGAUGUAUAAUGUUUUACUAACUGUUGCGUUAUUUGUAAAUUAUUAACAGAACUGACAGAUUUAUUAAACAUAUAUUUUAAAAGCUUAAUUUCAUAAUUAAGUAUGUAAGAUGUAUAUACAUUUGUAUUUUAAUUAUAAAUAAAAACACUGGUUUGUUUUAAGUUUGGAUUUUUUCUAAAAAUGAAUUAUUGUAUAUGAUAAUAAGAACGUGUUUUAUAUACGUUUGACUGUUACUUGUACAAAAAGUGUGUUAAAAUUAAUAUAUAGUUGCACUUA